UACUAUGCUGCUAAGGGAUUGAAAUAUGACGAUAAAGCUGCUGCAAUACGAGAAUUGAAGCUGGUCGUAGAUAAAUCGGAGGAUAAUGAAGAGAACAAUGAAUGGAGAUUUAAAGCAUGCAAGCAGAUCAUGAAGAUCAGUGUAGAUAUUCAGGAUUACGAUGGAGCAUUGCAGCAGCUCAGCAAGUUGAUUGAACUACUUCCAAAAGUCAGCAGGAUUUAUUCUGAAGAGUCUUUAAUCAAGAUAGUCAUGAAUUACUCCAUCGUGGGUGAUAAUCUGUUUGUGACAUCUUUGUAUGAUAUGAUAACGAAAUAUACUCUGGAAUCGAGUUCUGGAAGUAAUGAUAGAUUGUUCUUGAAGAUUUCUCUUAGCAAACUCAACUACUUUCUUGAAAAUGGUGACUAUGCUAAAUGUCCACCAUUAAUAAAGUCUAUCAAUGAGAAACUCGCCCAAGUCUCAGAAGCAAUGAUGAAGUCAUAUGUGCUAGAAGCUAUUGCUUGUGAGAUUGAGUAUGAAUCGCACAUGUCAAAUGUCAACCUCCUCAAAUUAAACCAAUUAUACCGAAAGAGUUUGAAGAUAACAACAGCUGUAACACAUCCAAAGAUUCUUGGGACGAUACGAGAGAGUGGAGGAAAAGUCUCGUUUUACAGAGGAGACUACGAAAAAGCUAGAACUGAGUUUUAUGAAUGUUUUAAGAAUUAUGAUGAAGCUGGAUCUUCCAAGAAAAAGAAAAUACUAAAGUAUCUAACCUUAUGCUCCUUAUUGACAGGGAAUGAAUUCAAUCCGUUUGAGUCUCAAGAAACACAAACAUAUGCACAGCUUCCAGAAUUUUCCAAUUUAUUGCUAUUAAUGCAAUCUUACGACGAUAUGGAUUUGAAAGGAACUAAACAGAUUAUAGAACAUAUCCUAAUAUCCAAGGACGAGUUGCUGAACGACGAUAUCUUCUUGAAUGCCCAUGAGAAGAUCUUGCUUAAUUUGAAAUCAAAAGCUAUAAUGAACCUCUUCAGCGCCUUCAGAACUAUCAAGUUCGAGUCGAUAAGGCAAGCUGUAGAUUUGAGCCAGGAAGACCUUGAAACACAUAUAAUGAAACUAGUAAAUUCUGGAAAACUCACCCAUAUCAAGAUCGAUUUCGUCAAUGGGUAUGUAGAGUCUACGAACGACGAAUACUGUGAAAACGUAAGUAAAGUAGACCUCCUCACCAGUUGGUACAAAGAGCUACAAAAGUACUACAAUAGCAUCGCCAGUAAAUAG